AUGCAUCUUCUUGGUCUUGCAGUCUUGGCUAUCCACCGUGACGCGUGCACGCACGCUCCCACCCCGGCGCCCACGACGCCAGCACCAACGACAUCGGAGCCCACGACGCCAGCACCCACGACAUCGGAGCCCACGACGCCAGCGCCAACGACAGCAGCGCCAUUCUCCCUUUGCAAAACCUUGGUCGAUGGCAAGAAGGUCUACCUCGCGCAGAUGGUCGGUGACGCCAAAAAGUACCUCGGGUACACGUACUGCGCCAACUGCCCGGCCAACGCGUAUGCGUACAAGUCGAUAGCCCGUGUCAACAAGUGGUGGCAUCCGAUCACAGUUGCGACGAUCCCGAACGGAUCGCUUGGGCUCAAGAUGGACAACGGCCGCUUCUACAGCCGCUGCGAAACCUGUGGCAACGCCGCAAACAAUGUCGUGCAACGCUACACCAAUUGGCAAGCCUCGACAUCGACGCACUGGACGUGCCAAGACGUGAGCGAGACGCAGCUUCGGCUCCAGGACUUCAAGGGCGAGUACAUGACGCGGCGCGAGUUCUUUGGUUCGAUCGACGGCCACUUUGUGUAUAGUAGCCCUCUCAAUGCCACGGACGAUGGCCAGCUCUGGACCGUGGCUCUCACCGCGCCGUAG